AUGUCUAGAGAUAUGUUUGUCGAGUCCAUGGGCCGCCGCCUCGCUCUGGUCGAUCCGGCGGAGGAUUUGCGCCAGAUCUUCAAAGCCUUUGACAGAGGAUGCCGGGGCUUCAUCACGAGGGAUGAUCUGCGGCAGGUCUUGUCGGAAGUUUUCAGCGAGAGCGAAAUGCCGCCGGUCAAGGUUGCGGAGAUGUUCUCGGAAGCCGAUUGGGACGGAAGUGGACGGGAUACCAACAGUUCGAGAGCAUGAUGACCAACCGGCUUCCUACGGAGCUGGUACGGCGAAGGGAACGCCGCCGCAGGAAGGCCUUCUGAACCGGGCCCAGCACACGCCGGAGACCAAGAAGCAUGGCGCGCUCGUGGGAGAGACAGUUGACGAGGCCUCGACACUGCUGUAUUCAGCUUUCCCGCUUUCCUCCUCGCCCUCUCCCUCAGCCUGAACGUUCACCACAUCACACCUGCUGCUGCUGCUGCUACUGCUGCUGUUUUCCGGCGGGGGUGGUGCUCCGCUACUACUGGUGCUGUGUGUUGUUGCUGAGAUCGCUACCGGUGGCGGUGGCAUUUUCGGAGUGUCGCCUUCACCAAGGCAUACCUCGUUGUUGGCAGUCAUCUCCCCUGCCACGGCCGACUGCUGUGGUGACGCCGGUGUGGCCGAUUGCAGCUCUGCGUUACUAGGUUCGUCGAGACUACUUCGUCGCGGUUGCUGGUAAACCUCGUCCGCCGGGACCUGUGCACGAGAGGCUGGCGGUAUCACCACUUCCGCAGGGGGCCGUCCGCUGGCGUUCGUCCUCUCUUCGUUCUUCUGCGCGCGAUGAAGCAUUUUGGUGGCUUCGACGUUACUAGGUUCGAGGACAAUCACCGCUCGGAAAUCGGUUGCGGCGUCUAGCGCUCUGCCCAAGGCUAGCCGAGCCUGCCCGCGGCGAAAGAGCGCCUUGGCGCAGGAAGGUUGGAUGUGGAGUGCUCGAGAACAAGCUUCUUCUGCGUCAUUCAUCGAGCCUAGCUUGAUUUGAGCGUAAGCAAGGUUGCAAAGGCAAGCUAGUUCUAGGUCUGGAACCGCGGCAUCGCUCUUCGGGCACGGUAUCUGUGAGCAAGGCGCGGGGCAGAAGACAAACAGGGUACGCGGCGUCAGGGCCAGGCUGCUUCACCCGAUUUUACCAACAGAGGUCACUAGACUGUUGUAGACUAAAGG